AUGGUUGGUCCCAAGUGUUUGAUCCACUACCCAAAAUUUGUCGAGAGGUCGUUUUGUGAUCACUCCUUGCGGAUUGUCACCAUUUUUCAACAAAGACAAGAAGAAAUAAUGAUCAACUCUCAAAGAAUUUUCUCAUACAUGUGGACACCUAGCAGGCUCCAGGCCUUCAACACGGAAGCAGCCUCCAUUCAUUCCAAGACUAACGUCUCUAAGCCAGUUGGUGGAGAUGAUGAUGUCAAUUCCCCUAUGGUUUAUGCCCUCGACCUAUUGGUGCUAGUGGAUCCUAUUAUGAGGUUUCAAGAUCCUCUCAUGGUGGUGAACUUGCCUCUUCGAGCCUUUAACAGUGAGUCUAGCGCAAUGAGCCUUGCCCCGCCUCCUUCGAAAAAUCUCGCGCCUCUGACCUCACUAGCUGUUGUUGACCCUCCUUCCCUGAAGGAUCUGGAACUUGAUGUGAACAGUGCUCAUUGA